UCUUUAAAAAGGAGUGUUUUGCGUUACAUGUGAACUUCAGGGUUUUUAUUUUUUUCUAUUUUUUAUUUUUUUGCACUUUUCCCCUCCUUGAUUUAGCAGAGCACUGUGACGCAGGCAUUCCCGGCCACUAGUCUGCAGCCCAUUCCCUGUGCAGUUGUGUGGAGUUGAUGGCACCGUGCGAACAGGGAGAGGAAAAAGAGGAGAAAGAGGGAGAUCUAAGGAGGAAAAUGUGGAGAAUGAGCAUCUCGCAGAGGGAUGGGACCAAUCACCCUCUUUUGAAGCUCCCUUGAGUUGGAUUGCAGCAUGUCAGCGAAGUCUAAGGGAACAUCCUCACCAACAGAGGGGCAAGCCUCCAAAGCCAAGGUGAAAGAACAGAUCAAGAUUAUUGUGGAUGAUUUGGAACUAGUGCUGGGAGAUCUGAAGGAUGUAGCUAAAGAACUUAAGGAGGUGGUUGACCAAAUUGAUACUCUCACUUCAGAUCUACAGCUGGAGGAUGAGAUGACAGACAGCUCCAAAACCGACACGCUGAACAGCAGCUCCAGCAGCACAACAGCCUCAAGCUUAGAGAAGAUAAAGGUUCGAGCAAAUGCGCCAUUAAUAACACCUCCCGCACAUCCAUCGGCUGUUCUGACAGUACUUAGAAAGCCUAAUCCACCUCCACCACCGCCACGAUUAACACCGGUGAAGUUUGAAGAUACUCAUAGGUUAAAUAAUUCAGCAAGUACUGUAACCAAUAAUGGACUUUUGCUACGGAAUGGUGAAAUACCUGGAGUACCUACCAAAGUUCCCAACGGUGAUAGAUGUGCCAUUCAUAAUAUUAAGGUGGAUAAAUUACAAGCGCAGCCUAUGACACAUAGACCAGAAAAAGAACGCUGUUCUCAGACUACAACAAGAGAACGUGUGCGCUUUAGUGAAAAUGUACUAUAUCAUGGCUACUGUCCUGACUGUGAUAUUCGGUCUGAAGUAAAAAACAGAGAGGUACAUCUGCAUGGGGAGUCUGUCCAUUUAGCUGGAAAACUUCCUCAUCAUUGUCCACCUUUACAACCGCCACCUCUCCCAGCUUUUCCCCUUGAAAAUGGAGGAUUCGGCAUAAACAGUAGUAAUAGUAGUAGUCAACCUCCCCAAAAGCCUGGUGUCUUGCCUCCGCCGAUUGCACCAAAACCUCAAAAAACUAUCCUGAGGAAAUCAACUACUACAACAGUGUGAUAUUUUUAUAUAUAUAUAUAUUUUUCAUUUUGAGGUAAAUCUACAUGAACAUAAAAAUGAUUUGACAAUGAGUACCUUAAAGCAAUAAAAAGUUCGAAUAUAACCCUCCUAUCUUCUGAAGUGGAAUAACAAUCAGAUGACCCACAGGUCCUGCUACCUCCUGGCUUCAAUGUGGACAUAUAAGGGGAGACUUUGAGGGCAGCAUUCCAGCGAUGAUCCCAGGUCCCUGAGGCGGGAAAGACGAUCUCCAAUCAGUGGCUCCUUUAUUACUUUAUUAUGUUCACAUGCAUCUUUGUGAUUCUUGGUAAUGGAUACAGAAGCUGCAAGAGAACCGCUUUUCUUGGCCAUUGGAGUUGAAGCACAAGGCCUGCAGAAGUUUUCACAAAUUUAUUUAGUUCCAGCAUGUAAACAUUUCCCUUCUUCUAUCACAGCCUUAAAUAUCAUUCACCAGGAUUUUGUAGCUAAAAAGCAAUGUAAAACAAUGUAGGUUCAUCUGCAUCCUCACCUUUCUCGGAGCAAACCACCCAGCCAUGUCCAGUAAAGUAAAGAAGAUGGGCAGUGAGAAAUAUCCAAUGUUUCCUGUAUUCAUUUUUUUCUGGAGAUCUUGUACAACAUACCAUACUUUUUAUGGUCUGAAAGCAAAAAUUAUUUUCAUUACGGUUGAGAAAGAAACUUCUGUACUCCUUUAAGCCAUAGAUAAUGAGCGGUGUUGACGAUGACACUGGGGAAGUACUGCAUCUUAUUCUCUGAAUAAACAGUUGUAUUUCAACAGUUGUGGAUUGCAUUCAAUGGAUAUUGCAUACAUUUGCACGGUCAAUACCUUUCAGGGUAAUGUGUGCCAUUAUUUGCACAGAUGAACAGGAAGAUAUAUGAUUAUAUGACAAUGCAUAUUUAGGGGCAUACAAGACAACUGGGAAUGUUAACAUGGACGCCUCACCUUCCAUCCCCAAAGAUACAUAGCUCCUUAAUUGAAUUCUGAAAAAUCUAUUUCAAGCUUUUUAAAUUAGACUGUGUAUAUGUGUGUCUGUGUGUGUGUACACACAGAGAUCUGUG